AGUGCAGUAGACCCAGUCCCGGAAGGCAGGAAAUAGCGCUGCUGCUAGCGUGUAUAAUAUGGACUGGUCACUUCACAGCUUGAUCUCAUAUGGAGCGGUUCAUUGGUCAACAUAGCACGUGUUGUUUCCUUUGAUUACUGAACUUACUCGCACAUGCAGGUGUUUUCUGCGAGACUGGACAUUGAGGACCACAUGUAAAAGUCAUAUGAAAUUGUAUAGUUUUUUGGCCUGUUUAUUUUUAUUUUCAAAUUUAAAGAAUAUAUGUUUUUUUUCUUUUGAUUUGAAACAACCAUUAUUUUAUCAUAAACACCUUGAAAGUUGAUGUGAAUUUCACUUCCAAUUCACACGACGAAACCGAGGAGGCUUCAAGUUUCAGUUUCAUUGCUGAAAGUAAAUAUUGGAAUUGUAAGCUAGAUCUAUCGCACACUGCUGUAAGACAUCUCUUGCCAACGGACCGCUACACAAGCUCUCUUGCAUACCAAGUACAAAAUCUACCUGGGGACCUAAAACUAAUAUAAGUGGAGUGGUAUCUGGUCAAUAUCAAAGUUUCCAAGCGGAUAUAAAACUUACCUGAAGAAUUAAACCGUGAUGGCACCAUUAGCGGUGUUUUAUCUGCUGGGGGCGUUUAUUAACUUCGAGUCCGUCGAGGGACUGAUGGGGCUUCGACCACCGUCUGCAACAUACAAACCACAUCCUGUCGGCCCUGUGACCGGAAGUAAGCCAAUUAUCCAUGACCGCCGAGUGACGGAUGGAUACAAUAGUGCCGACGACAUCAAAUUAUUUAUUCUUCAGAGGUCACGUCCCCACUCUCCCGUCAGACAAGAGGUGAUAGACAAAGUUGCGGCAAUGCAACGCCAGACACCGAAUGAGGUUACACCAAAGGCUAAAGGCAUAGUUGAAAGCUGCAGACCAUCUGCCGUUCUGAAAUGCACUAUCCGUUUCCUCAAAGACUAUCUCAGAAACAACACAACCAUAUGCCAGCAUAUUGAGGAACUUGAGACGUGUAUAUUGGCGAAGAUAGACGCGUGUGACGUCAUCGCUACACGACAGGCGUACCUGAUACUUAACAACGUGAAGGCUCUGAUUCCCACAUCCGGGCGACAUGCAUGUGGAGCUCCGACGCAUGCGCUGCCAAAGUCAUCAGAACAUAAACUAAAUUAUUCUCCUUGCUGCGUGGUGAAUUUACUUCAGUGCAUGGCAAGAGCGUACCAAAUGUUACUUCAGGACCGGAGGUCAUGUGAUGCCAUAACGGAUUUCACUUCCUGUUCUUCUUUCUCUUUCCGCUCCUAUGACAGUCAGCCUGCGGAAAAGAUAUUCCAGUCGAUAAUGACACUCACUCGGACUUGUAUCCAUUCCCGGAAACCGUAAACAAACUGAGCGGAAUGAGGACACGAGCAAUGCGAUGAGUAAUUACGUGUUACUUGAUCGAAACUAUGAUAGGUAUUGGAUAACGGGUAAAUGUCUUUUCGACGCAAAUUUUAUUUUAAUUGAAAAAGACCCUGGUUAUCAACACAAAGCACAAAAGAGUUAAGAAUCUAAUCAAGAAUGAAAAUAUACAUUGUGACGUAUUUGUACAGACAAGCAAUCGAUUCAAACCGCAGGAGGGGAUGUAACUCUUGUACUACAUGAUACUUGCACUGAUGAACAACGACGUUAUGCUAGAAUUUUAACUAAGUCAUCUUACAAAACAAUACCCGGUUUUUUUUUUUUUACUUAACCUUACCUUCAUUAAGUUUUUGCAAAUGGAUCAAUUGUAGAUACAACAUAACUGAUUGGUUGAUGCAAGUACAAUCUGUUCGCUUGACCCACUGUAUAAAGAGAACAUUGAAGGAGAGUACUAGUUGUUAUUCCUUGUGGUGAUUUUAUUGUAAACUGAACCUAUGUUAGAGACCAUUUGUAGUGUCCCUAUUGUAGUGAUAUAAUUUUGAAUCGAAUCUUUACUAAAACAAGAUGUAGAGAUACCAGUUUGAUGAUUUCCACGGGGGUCUCGUACUUCAUUUCAGUUGUAAAAAGUUGGCCAAUCAACACAGUGGUCUUUAGGGCCAAUAAAAGGUAAAUAAAACACGUAAAAUGAAAUGACAUCAAAUAAACUAAAAGAUAAAAAGACAAAUGUUAACUUAAAAACCAAAAGUGGAUAUGGUAAGUUAUAUUUUUAGGUAGGUUAGAACUGUUUUGAUAUUUACCGUUUCGAAGGGAGAGUUGUUAGAUUACUAUAGAAUUGUUCUCGUGUUGACUGGUCAAUAAAAUAGCAAGUGCUUUACUGUAAAUGGUUCGCAAGAAAACUUUGAAGAAUAUUUCGAUCAGUGAAAUACUAGCAUUAACUCAUAGUAUUACCUCACAAUGUCAAGAUACAUUAUGUUGGGUUCCCGGACAUUUGGCAUUACCAGGCAAUGAAAAGGCAAAACGCACCGCCAACGCGGCUUUAUUGCUACCACCUAUUACUUUUAAACUGGUCAAUAAAAUAGCAAGUGCUUUACUGUAAAUGGUUCGCAAGAAAACUUUGAAGAAUAUUUCGAUCAGUGAAAUACUAGCAUUAACUCAUAGUAUUACCUCACAAUGUCAAGAUACAUUAUGUUGGGUUCCCGGACAUUUGGCAUUACCAGGCAAUGAAAAGGCAAAACGCACCGCCAACGCGGCUUUAUUGCUACCACCUAUUACUUUUAAACUGGUCAAUAAAAUAGCAAGUGCUUUACUGUAAAUGGUUCGCAAGAAAACUUUGAAGAAUAUUUCGAUCAGUGAAAUACUAGCAUUAACUCAUAGUAUUACCUCACAAUGUCAAGAUACAUUAUGUUGGGUUCCCGGACAUUUGGCAUUACCAGGCAAUGAAAAGGCAAAACGCACCGCCAACGCGGCUUUAUUGCUACCACCUAUUACUUUUAAACUUCAUUUUACAGAUUUUAAAUUGUUUACAAAUUUUGUUAGAUCAAAGCAGCAAAAUAAUUGGAAUUAAUGCAUUGACAACAACUAAACUCUUUAAAACCCAAAUUCGGGGAAUGGUAUCCAAUUUUUAUUGAAAACAAAUUUACUAAUUAAUUAGUUCUUAAUAUUCAUCUCAACAUCAUGCAUGUAUUAUUACUAUAACAUCAGCUUCGGAAUAAGUACAAUGGAAGUAAAUAUAGUCGAAACGUAGAGCAUUUCUUAGCCCAUGCUACAACAAGCCAUCCCCCAACAAGACAUCAUCAAAGGAGGGCUCUCUUAUAUCGUUUGUUAUCAACUUUCUUUCUACUUAUCCAUAUCUUUGUAUACUGACACGCACCAUUCUAAAACCCUUUAUUGUAAAUAAUCUAUAUGUAUAUAUCCUUGUAUUCUGAUACGCACCAUUUCAAUACCUUUAUUGUAAAUACUUUGUAUGUAUUGAAUGAAUAAAUGUUCCGCGAUAAUAAACUCAUAUAUAUAUAUACGCUGAUCGUAUCGACACAUAGGCUUUCGACAUGAUUGACCAUAUAAUGUAAUUUUAGUAUAAAGAACAUUUUUUGUUUCACUGUUUUGUUCCUGCACAUACUAACUCCGUCGCCGAGAAGAGUCUUGGUAACACUUAAUACAAUAAUUUACACAUGCCACGCAGGUACAUUGUCUAAAGCAAACUGUUUACGACGAAAUUUAAAGAAACCAUAUAUAUAUAUAACUAUAUUUUUGUGUCUUUAAAGAUAUCAAGAUUUGGUAACAUUUCAAUAAUUCAUCUAAUUUCAAUUUCAAACACGCGAACACACUGAAAAUCGAUAAUAGUAAUAAACUUAUCUUUUGAUUUCAUACGAUCGAAAUAUACUCUUGCCUGAUUGCUGAAGUAAAAUUUUUGAUAUUCCGCCGAAAUGAAAACUUUGCAUAGGUAGGUAUUGUGUGCAUAUAAUGAAAUAGGACGUAGAGCCUGUUGUGUAGUGUGUAUGUUUAAACAAUGGGGAAUAAUUACGAAAAGUCGUUAUGGUGUUAUAUCAUUUUCGGUCAUGUACAUGUGUUAAGUUUGAACAUUUUGUAAAUAUUUUAAUAUACACAUAAUGAACGAUUCUCGGAAGUAUGUUUUCAGUCAAUCUGAUCAAAAUAAUUCAGAGAUAAUGUAGCGGAAUUAACGUCUUUAUUUUAGGAAACGAUUGCAUGUUUACUUAUACUGACGUUUUUACGCCUAUUGAAGUUUCAAAAUAUAUUUUGUAAUUGAGCGAGUACCACGAGUUAACUCAGUUAUUACAAUGUUCGACAUUAAAAACACUGACUAUUAAUGAUUGACUAAAGUUAGAUUUUAUGACGUCUUUAGAGUCCAAAAGCAUCGUACGAUUAUUUAUAGUCUUAGUUGCAAUACAUUCAACCACCCACUCACUUGAGUUUGUUGAGGAUUUCUCGCCCAAAGAUAACUAUUAAAACUAAAAAAGAAAUGAACUAUAAAGUAACAUGUGUCGUUAUUGAACUAGGUGACGGCAUUGAGGAUGUGAAAGGGGAAAACAGUUAUGAAAUAAUAAAAAGAGAAAUUAAGGGGAAAAAAAAACAUGUUUAAAAUGAAGCCCAGACGACUUCAUCAAUUUCCCUGGUGGCAUUAUAUGAUUACAAUAAAUACGAGAUGGUAUCUUUUUAUGAGAUAAAAGUGACAUAAUUUAGAAGUGAGAUUACAGUUUUCGUACUGAGCGUGUUUUACUGUUGUUAAAACUGUUAUACAAUUAUUGAUAUAUAAUGAGGAAAACAGCAAAUAAUGACUAAAUGCUGCAAAACGAGAAUAAACUUUCAUUCUUGCAGUUGCCUUUACUACAUAAGUGAAACGCUGCAGGUAGUUUUUGAGGAAUUUCUGUAGAAUGGGGGUUUCGUCAGCGCUUUUUAAUUUGGGAUUUGUUGGGGGGGUGGGGAGGGGGGUAGACGGUGUCUUCUUAGGCACCCUUAAUCCUCUGUCUUAGAUAAUUCGAAGUGUUAAACCCACUUAACACAAAAAAAAUAGUUGAUUUGUCAGUAACAUUGCUAAUCAAGUUUACAAUAGAUUCAUCUAUAUAUUGAUAAAACACAAAAACUGGCAAUUGCAUUGAGAUUUAACCGGCCGAUCGUUAUUAAAAAAGUCCCUGGUUUCGUAUGAAAAUCAAGAAUAUGAUUUUGAGAUAACACUAAAAGUGAUUUUUAAAUAUUUUAAACAUUUUAAAAACAAUGUAUGUCUACAUGUAUAACAUUGUUGAUGUGAUAUUGGUUGUGAACCUGACAUGUACUUAUUACCUUCACUGAUUGUGUAAAAAAAAUGUACAUUAUGAAUAAACAUAAUUGUC